GCAAAAUCUUUACUUUUCCCUCAAAUUUUCAAGAUUCAAUUACCUACACUUAUAUAAAAAUCCCAUUCCAUUUUCUUUAAAACCAUUUCAAAAUCUUUUCAAGAAAUGGGUUGCUGCAUUAGCAAAUGCAAACCCAAGAAACACUACAAUCUUCCACACUAUUCCAAUCAUAAUAAUAUUCUUGAAGACAAGCUUGUAAUCUCUCAACAAUCUUUAAAAACUCCUAAAAUUAUCUCAAUUAUUAAUCCCGAAUCUUGUUCGUCUAAUAAAAUUUCCCCUUCCCCUUCUUCUCCUUCACCUACUACUAGUACUAGUACUAGCACAAUUAGUUCAUGUUCGUUGCUAUCUACGGGAUCAUCGUCGAUCUUGAUCCCGAAAGACCGGUCAUUCUCCAACGAGUUUUUAUGGUCUUGUGUUAAAGAAAAUCCACACAUAGUUCGUAUCAAUUCAAUCAAAGAAUAUUCUCAACUUGUUCCACCAAAUGCUGUACAUGUCCGAAAAUCGGACUAUGAAGCUGUGGCACACGGGACACACUCAAUCCCGCAAAAGAAACUUCAAAAACGAGUUCGCUCUAACUCACCUACUCCAAUUAUAAAUCGACAGAAAAGCUUUCGAAGAGAAUCGGAAAGGGUAGUUUAUCCUCCAUAUCAUUCUCCGCAGUAUAGAUCAUUGAGGUCACCACCUCUCAGUAGACGGUUUAGCACCGGAGAAAAUUGUUCCAAACGAAUGGUUAACAAUUUGAAGGUAAAUGCAACAAACAAUUACAAUUCUUUCUCUUCGUCUUACAGAAAGGAGAAUUAUUCGAUGAUCAAGCCGGUUAGCCCAUGCUUCAAUUCGAGUCAUCGUAGACAGGUUCAGUCUUGUCUGAAGAUUAACAGAGAGACUUGUGUUCAUCGUAUAAGAUCGAAAAUUGAUGAAGUUGCAGUGGAAGAAGCAGUAGGUCAAUAUGAUAGUGAAGUAACUCCUAUGGAAGAAGAUAUUGAUAAUCCCCUUAUUUCUUUGGAUUGUUUUAUAUUUGUGUGAGAUACUUUAUGGUGUGUGCAUGCAUAUUCAAAUAAUGUCGUUUUGUGCAUGAUUACAAUUUUGUUUUUGUUUCUGAUGGUUUUUCAUAUAUUUGUUUUGUUGGUUUGACAAUAAAGUUUCUUGAAAAUAUUUCAACUAUGAAA